GCCUGCCACCCUCCCUUCUCUCUGCCGCACCCUGUGGCCUCUCUGCUUUGGACUUGGGGGGUUCGCCUGCCUCUAUAAAAGCCCCAUUUGUGCCCUGAGCGAGCUUCAUUCCCCAUCAUGGAAGGUCAGAGAUACCAGUCCUCGUACAGGAAGCGUUACGGGCCCCAGGGCUCAAGCAGCACAGGAGUCAGAAUUGGGAGCCAUUCCUCCAGCCGCCUUUCCUGGCAUGGCACCCCACGCAACCUCACCCACUCCAGCCCGAUAUCCCGACUUUCCUUGGGCUCAACCAACACGGCCCUGCUCCUGGGGAGCCCUGGGGACCGGCUGGACUUCUCAGCUGACACCCUGAUGAAGGCCCAGUACAAGGAGACGCGCACCAACGAGAAGAUGGAGAUGAUGGGCCUGAAUGACCGUUUUGCGAGCUACAUAGAGAAGGUGCGCCUGUUGGAGCAGCAGAACAAGAUGUUGGUGGCCGAGCUGAACCAGCUGAAGGGAAAGGAGCCCAGCCGCCUGGGAGACAUCUACCAGGAGGAGCUGAGAGAGCUGCGCAGGCAGGUGGAUGGUCUCACUGCUGGCAAAGCUCGGCUGGAGAUAGAGAGGGACAACCUGGCUACAGACGUGGCCACACUCAAGCAGAGGUUGCAAGAGGAGAUGGGUCUCCGACAGGAUGCGGAGGGCAACUUGAAUGCCUUCAGACAGGAUGUGGACGAAGCAUCUCUAAAUCGUGUCCAGUUAGAGAGGAAGAUUGAUGCCCUGCAGGAUGAGAUAAACUUCCUGAAGAAGACUCACGAUGAGGAGCUGCGUGAGUUUCAGGAGCAGAUCAUGGCCCAGCAGGUGCAUGUUGACCUGGAUGUAUCCAAACCAGACCUGACUGCUGCUCUGAGAGACAUCAGGGUCCAGUAUGAAACCAUGGCUACUUCAAACAUGCAGGAGACAGAAGAGUGGUACCGAUCCAAGUUUGCUGACCUGACGGAUGCAGCUAGUCGAAACGCAGAAGCACUGCGUCAGGCCAAACAGGAAGCCAACGAAUACCGGCGCCAGAUCCAAGUGGUGACCUGCGACCUUGAGGCUCUCCGCGGGACAAACGAGUCUCUGGAACGCCAGCUACGGGAGAUGGAGGACCGCUUCUCCAUGGACACUACUGGUUACCAGGAUACAGUAAGCCAUCUGGAGGAGGAGAUCCAGGGGCUGAAAGAGGAGAUGGCGAGACACCUGCAGGAGUACCAGGACCUUCUCAACGUCAAGCUGGCCCUGGAUAUUGAGAUCGCCACCUACAGGAAGCUGCUGGAGGGAGAGGAGAGCAGGAUCACCAUUCCAGUUCAGAGCUUUUCCAACAUGCAGUUUAGAGAAACUAAUCUGGACACUAAAACCCCAGAGGCCCACGUGAAGAGGAGCAUCCUGGUUCGAACUGUGGAGACCAGAGAUGGGGAGAUCAUUAAGGAAUCAACAACUGAACACAAAGACCUUCCUUAAAGUCUUAGAAACAACUCUCCCAUCUUGUCUUCAGGCACGAUCAGAGGAUUUUGAAAGAUUUGUACAACAUUUUCUUUUCUCCAAACCCCAAAGUUGCCCAUCACAUGAGUCAUCACAUUUAAUUUGUCUCUCCUUUCAUUGUCACUGGCAGGCUAAGAUGUUUACUGCCCUUCAACCAUGACAUAAUAGACUCCCUCAUUAGGAUUUCUGCCAAAAACAUCUUUGUUCAGCUUUUGUACAGAUCUUAAAUGGUCUUUAGCCACUAAAAAAACACUACUGGAAAUUACUGGUAACCUGUAUUAACUUGGACUGACGGACCAGAUUUUUAGCGUUGUUUCAGAUUAGCUGCCGUAGAAGAGACCUUGAAACGUAGUGAGCAUGUUCAGCUAAUAUGUAGCGUGGUGGAGGUUGACGUGUGGUUAUGUGUAUGUGAAAUGUGGCAAGGGAAGUACACGAGGGAGCUGUGGUUUUCGGACGUCAGAACUGGAAGAUAAGCAUGGAAUGAGAGAGAUAUGUGUAAAUUAGAGCAGUUUUCUUUUUUUUUGCCAGAAUGACAGGUGAAUUUAACCUUUGUCUGGUGAUAUUUUACAUUUCAUUCCUUUGUUCAGGCAGCCACCUCUGUUUGUGUGUUCCUGUCUCACAUCUAGUUUAUUAGACGUGCUCAGAUUGGAGCUGGGUGGGGUUUACUGAGAUCAUCAAACUCUAUCUAGCAUAUGUUGAUGUUACUUUUUCACAUGUUACAAAACCCGAAGAAGCUCACAGAAUAGCCAAACAACCUGCUAUGGCUGCCUUUAAUAGGUAAAACUGCAAAACCGGGAAGAAAUAACAACAAAUGAUGUGAACAACAUGCUGGACUGUCAGUAAACUGUAGACAUUGUAAUCAGGAACCAGACACAUACUGUGCCUUUACACACACCAGGGAAGAACACAAUGCUGAAAGGUCCAAAAAAAACAGUAAAAAAAAAAAUAAUAAUAAUAAAUCUCUAUAAAUCUAUAAAUCUCUUUGUAUAGUCAUUUGCAUAACAGCCUAUUUUAGCUGUGUUUUGGUCCAUGUGACUGCACUAAUGGCAGAUGUUGAAUGUUUGUAUGUCUUCCACUCAGUGUGCAGUGACCAUGGCAACCUUUACAAUGAUCUCACAUUAUAAAAAGUAAGUUGUCCCAUUAACCGGUGCUAAAAAACUAACAACACCUCCUGAGGGGAGGUCUAAUCAGCUAAAAUAAGCCGUGAGUGAGUGUGUAGGGCAUUUAAACUUUCCUCCAUCACUUCAUCCUCUAAUCAUCGCACACUGUGUUGUCCUCUGUCUCUUGGAUAUAACAUCAUCAUUUUUUGACACCAGGACGUGCCAGGGGCAUGCCCACUAAUCUAACAGAGCUGAUAGAGACAGAGCCAGGUUGGAGGUGGGGAGGAUGUGUUUGGAAGCUGACAUGAUCUUUGCCCCUCCAGCCUCCAGUAAAUCCACCAACCUCCCUCCCCCAAAUUCACCGGCCAAUUUCUGUAGUGUUUCACUGAUAGCAGCAGAGACAGCAGAGCGUGCUGUUGAGAUAAUAUACUACCAACGCCCGCAACCAGAAACCCUUGUUUUUUUUAUGUAGAUGCUAGAGUAAAAAGGAAAGGAAGGAAGGAAGAAUGGAUGGAGGGACGUCACAGCUCAGACACUGUAAUCCAAGCUUCGUGCUUUGUUGGAAGCCCCUGCUGACUGAAGCCAUGCUGACAGGCCCUGCCACUAAUGAGAGUGGUGCUACAGUACGCCAAAGCUGGCUGUCUCUGUGCUCGUCGCCAAGGACACGCUGUGAAUUUGUUUUUCCCAUGUGCCUCCCGCCUCCUCCUCUCUACAACUUCCACCCCUGUCACUCAAACCCCUUCUCCUGUGUCUCCUAAUAAGAUGCAUCCCUGUCUUGUGUUCACUCUGUUUUGUUUUGUCUUUUUUGAAUAUCAGUCUGGAUAGAAUCUCUGACUCCUGUGUCUUGUAGCAAAAAAACAACUAAAUCCUGCUUUUUUUGUUUGGAAGAAACUUCUGCAAAUGUGAAUAUAACAUUAGUAUUGACCAAUGCAAUUUAUUAUGGUGUCAUGUUAACAACAAUAAAACAUUUGUUUGUUA